UGAUCUCUAAUAUUAGCAAUGACUGAUCUAAUUUUGUUAACAUUACAGGAUAUUCCACAAAGUGGCAAGUUCAAGAAGAGAUCAUUACAAAAUGAGGAAGACAUGAGAAUUAUGUUCGGUGACAUCACUAAUGAUGAAUCUGAUCAUUGGAAUCCUAUGAGUUCUAAUCCCAUCAUACCUCCAUCUCGAUAUGAUGUUUAUGAUAUUCCAGAAGAUGUUGAUGGUGGGGAUGAGUUUUUAAACAAUGACGGUGUGGCUGGAGAUGAGACCAUCAAUGACGAGGAGGUUGAUCAAGAUGAGGAGAUGACUCCUUCUCCUUCCAUUAUUCUAGGAAAGAAAAGAGGUCAAGGUGGACAUGACAAAGUGAAGAAACAAAGAGUGGGCAGAGCACUUGUCAUUCAGGAAGCAGUGACAAAGAUUGCUGAAAAUGCCUCUUCUUUUACAUCAAUAACACUUGGCCAAGCUACUGUCCAACAAGUCAUGGACAUGGUUUUAGAAUAUGGGGUAGGCUAUGAUACAGAUGAACAUUACAUUGCAACUGAAUUAUUUGUCAAGAAGGACCAAAGGGAAACGUUGAUCACCCUUCCCACCAAUGAGAUUAUAUUCAAUUGGCUUAGGAGGAAAUAAAAUGACAAAUAUGGCAAUUGAACUAUUUUAUUUUGUCAUAUUUGAUGUCAUUUGAAAUUUUUAUCUUGUAAGGUUUGAUGUCAUUUGAACUAUUUUAU